CUCUGCCUCUAGGGUUUCCUCCGAUACAAUGGCGAAGUGCAGGAUCUGCCGCCAGUACUGGAGACACCUUGCCAAGCACCACGGCUACGCAGAUCCAAGCCGCCGUAGCGCACCCAGUCAUCAUCGCCGGCCCUCGUCUUCUUCUACGGCAAUGACCCAAUCUCACGCGCGGGACGCACCCCGUCGACAAGCGCCGUUUUCUUCUUCCUCAACGACGGCCACCGAUUCCGAAUCCCAACAGGGUGAAGAAUACGAACAUCUGGAGUACAUCAUUCGAGGACCACCCCCUAAUAUCCAAUACUGCGGAGAGCUUGAAAAGUACUGUCACUGGGGAAAUGAAGUGAAGCUCUAUCGGCACCAUGUGGACAAGUUGUAUGCAAUGUUCCCCCGCAAAAUACCAGAUAUCAAAUACUAUGUCUGCACCGUCAACAAAACAUUCACACAGCAAGGCCAACGGAUGUAUUUUCCAGUCCACUACACCAAAGAAAACCUCAAAAAGUACAUUAAGCCAGAUGAUGACAUGCUCAAGGUCAAGCUCGCAAACAGCAGUCUGCACACCAAUUGUCGUAUCAUGCUGGGAACAGACAAGAGAGCAACAAUAACCAGAAACUAGUCAGAGUUCCGCCGCUGUGCAAGCAUCCAUGAAGGAGAUAUAUGCACCUUCCAUUUCAACCUUACCGCAGAGCACCGCCUGACUCUCAUCAUCCAUGUGCUCUAAAUGGACCAUCAACAGCAACACAAGCCUUCUGCACGCAUAGCUUGUGGCUUUAAAAACAUCUAAUUUGGCUCUAUGAUAGGAUGAACCUUACCUGUGGUCUCCAAUGAUGCCAUGCAUUGCUUUUGUAGAACUGCCGCCUAUAUUAUAAUCUAUGUAACCCCAGAUGCUAUUACUCAUGUGCACUACAUCCAUCUACUGA